AUGGCUUCAUUCCUCCAAGAUCUUUGGGAGUCUAUCUUUACCCCCGGACCGACACCGACGCUGCUGGUUGCGACCAAUGCCUCCUUUGCCGCCCUCCAAUUCCUCCUCCUAGUACUCCUCAUUGCGACAUACUCCAUUCACUUCGUCGUGCUGUCGGGCUUGUGCGGCGGUCUUUGGUACGCCAUCAAUUGGUUCGCCCAAGAAAUGGCAAGAGAACAGCAGAUGCAAUCGGCGAAGGAAAACAAGGAGAAGAAACCCGAACCAGAGCACGCGAGUGACACCGAUACGGAGACGGAGACACCGGGCCCGGAAUCUUCAGCUACGACCACCACCACACCAUCGGCGGCUGUGCCAAGUCAAAGUCAUGAGAGACCCAAGCAGCUAUCCCCAACCUUGCUGGAGCCUAAGAGGUCAGAAAGUGUCGAAGAGGUUAGGCGUCGGCGCAGCCUGGGCGAAAGUUCCGGCUAUGUGAGUACUGAUAGCGAGUGGGAGAAGGUCUCUGAGGGAGACGACAAGAGCAAAUGA